AUGCGCGACUACACAGCUGAGCUCGGGCCAGCCCCACAAGAGCUGCUGCGGCUAGCAGCAGCAGAUGAAUCUGCUGCUGCUGCUGUUGCUUUCAUCACCUUUCUAGAUCGUCGCUCCUCGCUGCAGCAGCAGCAGCCGCAGCAGCAGCAGCAGCCGCAGCAGCAGCCGCAGCAGCAGCCGCAGCAGCAACAGCCGCAACAGCAGCAGCAGCAGCCGCAGCAGCAGCCGCAGCAGCAGCCGCAGCAGCAGCAGCAGCAGCAGCAGCAACAGCCGCAGCAGCAACCGCAGCAGCAGCAGCAGCAGCCGCAACAGCCGCAGCAGCAGCAGCAGCAGCAACCGCCGCCGCCGCAGCAGCAGCAGCAGCCGCACCAACAGCUGCAGCAGCAGCCGCAACAGCAGCAGCAACAGCAGCAGCAGCAGCAGCAGCAACGGGAGCAGCAACAGCAGCAGGGAGGAGACAGCUGA